GCUCCAUUCCGCGCGCGGCCCGCACACAUCCGCACCCUCUCGCGCUCUGUCUAGUCCAGAUAUGGAUGUGGGUACCCUCACCUGGCUCUUUUCUGUCAGCCUGGCUCUGCUUGUGUGGCCAGACUGUUUCUGGGCGUCGCCGACCGGUACCCACUCUCUUUGCCUCGACUUCACUGUCAAAUCUCAGUCCAGACCUGGAGAGUCCUGGUGUGAAGUGCAGGGCUCAGUGGAUAAGACCGCUUUCCUUCAGUAUGACUGUGAGAGCAACAAGAUCAAACCUUUGGGUCACCUGGGAAGGGAGGUGAAUGCCACCAAAACUUGGACACAAUUGACUGAAAUGCUGAGAGAACUGGGGCAAGAUCUCAGGAUGCUCCUGCUUGACAUGGACUUGGAAAAAAAUAAGACCUUGGGUCCUCUCACCCUGCAGGCCAAGAUGUCUUGUCAGCUUGAAGGAAACAAUGACCUUGGUUCAUUCUGGAAUUUCAGCAUUGAUGGACAGCCAUCUCUCUACUUAAAUGUGAUGCACAUGGAGUGGACAGUGAUUAAUCCUAGAGCCAGAGGGAUCAAGGAGAAGUGGGGGAAUGACAAAGAACUGACAGAACGUUUAAGGAAGGUCUCCAUGGGAGAUUGCAGUCACUGGCUCACGGGAUUCUUAAAGUACCAGAAGGAAAUGCCAGCAACAACAUCAACAGUCCCAGUUACCAGUGAGACUCUAAAGAGCCAGUCUACUUUAGUGACCAACGUAGUGGCCAUGAUUGGCCUAAUCUUCAUUGUCAUUGUUGUCGUCAUCACUGCUCUCGCAGUUGUUGUGGUCUUCGUAGUCACCAUCGUCAUCCUCAUCAACAAGAUCUUCAUGUUCUGUAGCAAAUAACAGACACCAUGAAAGAAGCUGUUCCAUCAUCUACUAUGUCUUCUGUGGACCAUGGGAAGGCAACAUCAUCAGACCACCCUUGGUGGCAAGAAGGGUCCUUAGAUGACAGUCUCUACUCUGCCACUCUUUCCAACAAACUUUCUUCCAUUUGAGUGAAACUGGAAAGGCUGUGGACAUUUUCCUUAUUUGUAGAGGAAGAUGAAUUAAAAGGAUAUUUAUCUUGG